AUGAAUAGGGAGCAUAACUUUUGUGUAGUUGCAUUGAUGGAGCUUUUUCAAAAGAAGAGACUCAUUGAUAGCUAUAGAAGAAGGUUGAAUGUGGAGACUGCUUAUGCAAAUAUUAAUGGGAAAAUAUGGUUGUUCGUUGAUACAACGGUGGAAUGGGAAUUAGUGGAUUAUACUGAGCAACAGGUGACUGUAAGAGUGUUUCAACAUGACCUGAGGCAGCACAUGAUGAUGUCAUUUGUUUAUGCAAAAUGUUCAGCAAUGGAGAGAUUGGAAUUGUGGGAUCACUUGUAUUACAUAGCAAGUGAUAUGAAAUUGCCAUGGUUGGUUGGAGGGGAUUUCAAUGUGAUAUUACAUGAAGAUGAGAAAAUAGGAGGACUAGCACUACACCUUCCUGAAUAUGUGGAUUUUGCAUUUUGUGUAAACUCUUGUGGUUUGUUUGAACAAGGAUACAAAGGAAGUCCAUUUACAUGGUGGAAUGGGAGAUCAAUGUUAACUAGAUCAGAUCAUGCACCAUUGUUAAUAACAUGUGGGGAGCAGACCACCAAUUUUGUCAAGCCUUUCAGGUUCUUGAACUUCUGGACUAAACAUGCUACAUUUAUGGAUGUGGUGAGGCAGAAUUGGGAAGCUAAUUUCAUAGGGGAUCCGUUUUUGAUGUUCAAGCAGAAGCUCAAGAGGGUGAAGGCGGCAUUGUCAAAAUGGAGUAGGGAAACGUUUGGUGAUAUCUUCAAGCAGUUGGCUAUUUUGGAGGAUAUUCUUCAAGGAUUGGAAUACUAUGUGGAGCAUGAUCUUCACCCUCUUAUAUUGGAGGCUGAUUCAUUAGUGAUGAAGAAAGUGAUAGAAGGGGAAUGGGAUCCUCCUUGGGUAAUUGCAAAUAAUGUGAAGAAAAUUAUAGUAGAUGAAGGGCAACUUCAAUGUGAUCUUUCAACAUCUGUUCAGAGAAGGCAACUCAGUGGCAGAUUUGAUAGCUAA